AGGAAGAAGAUAAAACACAAUGUUUUUCUUCCGGUGAACACACGUCGCAGUAAUGGAUGCUAUGAUGGAGACUGAAUAGUUUGUAGGUGGUCGGGACGUGCAGUUAACUUCAGUAUUCUUCCCCCUCUGGUUUCUCUGAAUGAAGGAACACGUGUAACUUUUCAGCUACGUGUGGCUGAGUUAGUUUACACCCAGCUCUCUGUCUACGUGUCUUUCUCUGAUGCUCUGGGACACAUGGAGGCUCCGUCCUCUCGUCCCUCUGCCACACCGGACGCUCCAGGGUGGCCGGCGGGCCGGAGACCCCUCUCCGGCGGGGAGUCCGAGUGUGACCCUGCCAGGGACACCAAGACACACUUCCGCGUCUGUCGCUUCAUAAUGGAGACAGGAGUGAAGCUGGGCAUGCGCUCGGUGCCUGUGGCCACAGCAUGUGUGUUGUACCACCGUUUCUUCAAGCGUGUCAGCAUGCGUGCAUAUGAACCCUACUUGGUGGCCAUGAGCUGUCUGUACCUGGCUGGCAAAGUGGAGGAGCAGCAUGUCAGAACCCGUGACAUCAUCAACGUGAGCCACAGGUAUUUCAACAGUGGCAGCGCGCCUUUAGAUUGUGACAAGGAGUUCUGGGACUUGAGGGACAGCGUGGUGCAGUGCGAGCUCCUCAUCCUCCGACAGCUAAACUUCCAAGUCUCCUUCGAACACCCUCACAAGUAUUUACUUCACUACCUGCUGUCUGUGAAGUCACUGGUGAACCGCCACGCUUGGUCUCGAACCCCCAUCACUGAGACUUCGUGGGCUCUGCUUAGAGACUGUUACCACGGAGACAUGUGCAUCCGACACACACCUCAACACAUUGCCAUAGCAACGCUGUACCUGGCUUUAAACAGCUACGGAGUGGAGCUGCCUGUCGGGGAGAAGGAGUGGUGGCAGGUGCUGUGUGAGGACGCAACUAAAGCAAACAUCGAUGCAGUGAUCUCAGACCUUCUUCAACUCUAUGACAUGGAUGCCAAGUGUAUCUAAAGGACACACAAGCAAGACCUGCACAUGGCAGACACGUCAAGAGUUAUAGUGUGUGUGUUAGAAUUUAUUUUGUCACAGCAUGAAUGUGUUUGUGUGCAUGUGUUAUUGUCUGCUUGUAAGUGUUUUAAGAUUCCUUUAUUCAGGUUUCAGGAUUCAACUGCAUUUGGGUGAGUGAGUGAGUGAAAAAACUUAGCAUUGCCCAAGCUAUUCUAUGAGCUGUGACUAAAAAAAUGAACAUACAUGCACCACCGAUUAUUGCCACCUGGGGGAGACAUUUCUUGACGUGUCAGCAGUGCAGUAAUGUGCUGGAAUCGUCAUCAGCAGCAGGAACAUCUUAGAAACACCUCAGCAGUCUUUUCACGCGAUUCAUGUUUUGAAAACAAACACCACUGUAUGGAUUGGACUGGAUCCUCUUAAAUUCAUCACCCAAUUAAAGUAAUUCACCAGUAAUUAUUGCUCAAAAUGAAAAAAGAACACGGAUUAUGAACUGUCAUGUUUCGUGGAUAUUCGGGGUCAUAUUUAAUCUGUUAUUACUAUCUGUGAGUCCCAUGAGGUAAUAAAGACCAACAAUGCGUAAUUUUCUAUAGUAUUGUAAGUAUUAUCACACUGGAUGACAUGUUUUAUUCAUUUCCACACACUGCAGUUAAUUUAGCGAGAGACUGGCUGGAUCCACAUUCUCAGUAGGAGGCAGUUUGCUUCAGGCUGAGGUAUGAGAACACAUAGUGUCGGCUUCAAGUUUUUACCAGUUCCUAAUGAGGUUGAGCUAGAGAAGAUCAAUGUGAACACCAAGACCAGACUGCAAGGACAGUGCAGUGUGAUUGUUCAUUAGAAUGUUUUUUUUGUUGUUGUUGAUGACUGGCAUCGUGUAUUAAUUUGUGUUUACUCUGUGUAGUUCCUUUGUGCUGUAUGGGACUUAAAUGAGAUGAAACGGGUUCAUCCUGAUAUCUUCACAACAAACAGGGCUUUACUGUACAUUGCAGCUGCUGUGAGUUGCAAUGGUCUUUCAAAUGUACUGCAUAUAAAAAUACAAACUAAACAUUUGCAAUGAAAACCCAAGAAUUUUAAAAGACCUUUCAGAUGAUCUGAUGGAGGCUUCUUCCAAACAGAAACUAGUUGAUCGUACAUAUGGAAAUACUGCAAAAAAAAGAGAAUUAAUGCUCUGUUGCCAAUGCUUUUUUACUCCAUGUCAAUCUUUAUAUGACAUAUACACAAUUGAAUAAACACAGUGAUUAAAAAGAA